CUAGACUAAAAAUACCAAACCUGUCACAAACAUUAAUUGUCAUAAUCCCCAAAUUGAAAUUUAACAAGUAGGGGGACUAUAUAGAAAUAUUAUUCAUUUACAACAUAAUUUAUUUACGAGUCCAAGAUCCAGCGUCUGAUCACUUUUCAAUGGCUUCUUUGCUCAAACGUACUUCCUUUUCUAGCCUUCGUGCUCAUCACCAGGCGGCGGAGGGUUUAAUUUUGCAAUCUAGACGGCAGAUUCAUGUAGAGCCUGGAGUUCGAGAGAAAGCUCUUUUGGCCAAGGAUCCAGCACUAGAGCGCUUCAAAUCAUAUAGGAAAAGUGCCUCAAGCAUCAGAAGAGUUGGUGAUUACCUCACUAUCGCCGUGGUAGCUGGAUGUUGCUAUGAGAUCUAUGUCCGGGCUGUCACACGAGAAGAAGCUCGUAAGGCUCUCAAGUCGAAGUAGCAGCCCCAUAAGGCGGUUGUUGGUAAUUAUUAUUCCAUUUGUGCAACCUAAAGAUUGUCAAUAAUCUAUGAUUACGCAGAAUUGUUCAUGUUUCAAGAAAUAUAAUAUUUCUUAUGCAUAAAUGAGUGCUAUGGAUGUAGAAACUCUCAAACUCAAACCAUCAGCCUGGCCUGAUUACUGAAAGCUUUAGCUUGUUGCUUUUUGAUUUUUCUUUUCCUUCUCGUGCUAUUAUGGUAUCUUUUGUUUAAGAU